UACCGGAUUUGACAAAUGAAAUAUUGAAGAUUAUGACAAUAAUUGAAGCGACAUUAGAAAAAUAAAAUUCCAGACAAAUUAUCUUUUUGAAGACUAGGCAGCAUGGUCUCCGACCUUAGCCUGUUCCAAACGGAACAAACGUACUAAAAAAAAAAAAAAAAAAAAUUACUGUUUUGAAAUAAAUAAAGUUCAAAAUCGAAAUAUUUAUAUAUUUUUUUAUAUUGUUUUAUAAGUAAAUAUUUAUACAGAUAUGACUUGCUGCUGUGUGCUAGGUUGCUCCGAAAUGGGCUGUCACAUCUUUCCCAAGGACUCUGUAAUGAAAAAGCGGUGGCUGAAGGCAAUACGUCGUAUUAAUUUAAUACCAACCAAAACAACGAAAAUAUGUCGAAAACACUUCCUGGAAAGCGAUUAUUUGACGAUUAGUAUACAUACAGGACUACAUCAUCAGCGCAGAACACUAAAGAAAUCAGCUGUACCAUCACUUUUUCCAUGGAAUGUAAAAUCAGGAAAAGUAAAAUCCAGGGAAAAAAGAUUGCCAACUGGAGAUAACAGAAAAAGUUCUUCAAAUGAGCCACCGUCUUUACAAAUAUUGAAUGGUACACAUCAAGAAUCUUCUGGAAAUAUUGUCAAUAUUGAUAUCACACAUGACAAGGAAAGUUGUGUCUCCCAAAAUACAUUUGUUACAUCAGAAAUAAAAAAUAUUACAAUAGCAACACAGACCCCAAAUAAUUUUAGGUCACUAUCAACAGAGGUGUUGUUAUCUGAUGAUGAAUCAAUAGAUUUUUUUACAGGCUUAGAAUCUUAUCCCAAAUUUACUAUUGUACUGUCAACUUUAUUACCAAUGGCUUAUAACAUUGAACAUACACAGGGUACAGAAAUUGGUUUAUCUGUCAAAGAUUUAUUUUUAAUGUUGCUUAUAAAAUUAAGAAGAAAUAAGCACGAUUUUGAAAUUGGAAAAAUGUUUGGUGUUAGCGAAACAGAAGCGGCCAAUAUAAUUGUUACAUGGAUAAACUUUGUAAGUGAAAUAUGGCAAUUAUUCGAGAUUUGGCCAAGUCAAGAGUUGGUUAACGUUUACAUGCCAGAUGUAUUUCAAAAGAAUCAUCCUUCUACCAGAGUUGUCAUAGAUGGAACAAAUUGUGGAAUCAAUAUUGCUAACUUUUUCAAAGGAAAAUGCCAAGUUCCAGGUCUACUGAUAAAACAAGAUCAGAAACUAGCAAUUAAGAGAGUAGAUAAAGAAAGACUUAUGGAAUUCACAAAAACAUAUGAAAUACUAUCAAGUGAAUUGAAUGAGCAUUAUCUACCAUUAGCUUCUAAAAUAUUUUGCAUUUGUGUGAUGCUUUGCUAUUUCAAAAAAGCCACAAUAAAUAAAAAUCUAUAAAUAGG